AUGUUGGACUCUGAUGACUGCGUGUUGUCCCUGGACAAUCUGUUUUUUGAGAAGCCUAUUGUCCACAAAGUAAAGCCACUGCACCAGGAAGUCAGUCCAUGGCAGCUCGAAGCACCUCCAUCACUUUCACAAUUUCCAGCGACUCGUUUGCAGGAGGAGGCAGAGUCUCUCUCUACUCUCUCCAGUUUCUCACAGAAACCCCCAAAAUUCCAGCCUCCCUAUAAAGGAUCAACUGGCAUGAAGGUCUUACCAUCAAAAGUAAACAUUUCGUUCAGUUACACGGACAAUGAGAAAGAGAUUGAAAGUCAGGAUGGCAGCAGAAGCACCAGCAGAUGUGGCAGUCUUUGGGAAGAUGAAGAGAUCAGGGAAUACUCUCAGGGUGCCUGUCAGAGCAGUAGAGGGGGAGAUGAAACACCUAAGGACUCUGGUCAUGUGGCCACCAGCUGGAGAUGUUUGUCUCUGGACCCACCUCUACGGAGAAGCCUGUUCAAGGUUCAGCCUCUGAACAAAGGAGGUGACUCGUCAAACACACAUGACCUCAGUGGAAGCAACAGCCAGACAGCAUCCAGACCUCAAACUUUUCUCACUCAGGUUACCAUGGCGACUGCAACUCCUCCUCCACCUCCUCCUCCUCUUCAGCCGUCACGGGCGACCAUUAGCCAAGGAGCUCCUCCUUUUUUCCCCGAGUCCUCCUUUUCACCCCCUCCUUUGGGCUCAUCUGCAGCGAGCGAGCGACCCCCGCGGCAGACAGCACAUGCUGAGAUGCAGGACAAGGGCACAAAGAGAGCCUUCGUUCUGCCCAUGACACCUCAGCCACUCUGCAUACAAGGGUCUUCUGAGUCUGGAAUUCUGCGGCCAGUUUCUGAAAUCCCAGCGAAAUUCAGAUCAGUCUUCAGCAACUUCCCCUUUUUUAACUAUGUUCAGUCCAAAGCACUGGAUGAUGUUCUUUACACAGGUAACAACUUUGUGGUAUGUGCUCCCACUGGAUCUGGUAAAACGGUGCUGUUUGAGCUGGCUAUAAUCCGUCUGCUAAUGGAGACAUCAGAGCCUUGGAGAGACGUCAAAGCUGUCUAUAUGGCCCCCAUCAAAGCUCUGUGCAGUCAAUGCUUUGAGAGCUGGAAGAAGAAGUUUGGUCCUCUGGGGCUGAACUGUAAGGAGCUGACGGGUGACACAGAGAUCGAUGACUUCUUUGAGAUUCAGGAGUCCCACAUCAUCUUGACAACCCCCGAAAAAUGGGACAGCAUGACAAGAAAAUGGAAAGACAACUGUCUGUUACAGCUGGUCAGGCUCUUUCUUAUUGAUGAGGUGCAUGUGGUGAAGGAUGCGACCCGAGGUGCCACUCUGGAGGUGGUGGUGAGCAGGAUGAAGGCGGUACAUGCCUACAGGACGGCACAGAAUCCAGAGAAAGACCUGUCUAUGAGGUUCGUGGCUGCAUCAGCCACUAUACCCAACAUCUCUGAUAUAGCAGACUGGCUCUCUAAUGAGAGUGGUCCAGCCACAUAUCUGGAAAUGGAUGAGAGCCAUCGUCCUGUGAAGCUGAGGAGGGUGGUGCUGGGAUUCCCCAGCAGCCCAAACCAAACAGAGUUCAAGUUUGACCUGUCACUCAACUACAAGAUGGCCAACAUCAUUCAAACAUACUCUGACCAGAAGCCUGCUCUUGUGUUCUGCUCUACAAGGAAAGGAGCCCAGCAGUCAGCUACAGUUCUGGCUAAGGAUGCUCGCUUCAUCAUGAGCAUUGAACACAAGCAAAGAUUGAUGAAAUAUGCAAACUCUGUUCUGGAUUCAAAACUAAGAGAUCUGGUGAUGUUAGGUGUUGGAUUCCAUCAUGCAGGAGUUGAUGUGUCUGAUAGGAAGCUGAUAGAAAAGGCCUUCACUCUGGGAGACCUGCCUGUCCUCUUUACCACCAGGACUCUGGCCAUGGGAGUGAACCUACCAGCUCAUCUUGUGGUGAUCAAGUCCACCAUGCAGUACGUGUCGGGCUCCUGUGAGGAGUACAGCGAGGCAGACCUGCUGCAGAUGAUAGGAAGAGCUGGAAGACCACAAUUUGACACAUCAGCGACUGCAGUGAUCAUGACCAAGAUGCAAACCAAGGACAAAUACAUUAAACUCAUGAAUGGGAUUGAAAUCACUGAGAGCAGCUUACACAGUCACCUGGUUGAGCACCUGAAUGCUGAGAUUGUUCUCCAAACAAUCAGUGAUGUCAACAUGGCUCUGGACUGGAUACGCUCCACCCUCCUCUACAUCAGAGCCCUCAAGAACCCCACAUACUACGGUUUCUCGGCUGACUUGGACAGAUACGGAAUUGAAGCGAAAUUACAAGAACUGUGUCUGAGGAAUCUAAACUCUCUGUCCUCCCUCGGUCUGAUUGACAUGGACGAGGACAUCAACAUAAAGCCAACUGAGGGCGGUAGAUUGAUGGCAAGGUACUUUGUUGCCUUUGAUACCAUGAAACAGUUCAGCCAAGUGUCCGGCACUGAGAGCCUGUCUGACCUGAUUGAGUUGGUGUCAAACAGCAAAGAGUUCAGCGACAUUCAGUUAAGAGUGAACGAGAAGAGGCCUUUGAAUACUUUAAACAGAGACAAGAACAGAAUCACGAUCAGGUUUCCUAUGGAGGGAAAGAUCAAAAGCAGUGAGAUGAAAGUAAACUGCUUGAUUCAGGCUCAGUUGGGUUCCAUUUCAAUCCCAGAGUUUGGACUCGCACAGGACACAGCAAAGAUCUUCAGGAAUGGGAUGCGCAUCAGCAAAUGCUUGUCGGAGUUUCUUAGUCAGACACCCAAGACAGUUUUUUCUGCUCUGCUCAACUCCCUGAUCCUGGCCAAAUGCUUCAGAGCCAAGCUUUGGGAAAACUCGCCGUAUGUCUCCAAACAGCUCGAGAAGAUAGGCCAGACCUUAUCAACUGCCAUGGUGAACGCUGGACUCACCACGUUCAGCAAAAUAGAGGAAUCCAAUCCUAGAGAGCUUGAGCUGAUUGUCAACAGACAUCCCCCAUUUGGAAACCAGAUCAGAGAGUCUGUCAUAUGUCUCCCAAAGUAUGAAGUAACUCUGGAGCAGCUUCCUAAGUGUAGUUGUUCCACCGCUGAGAUUUUGGUGAAGGUGAACCUUAAAAACCAAGCCCAGCUGCUGUCCAGGAGAACGGCUCCCGACCACCACUUUGUCUCUCUGAUCAUUGGCGACUCCGACAACACUGUGGUCUUCCUGCAGAAACUCACGGACUUGCUGAUGUUGAAGUGUGGCAGCUGGUCAAAGAAGAUUGAGGUGACUAAGGCCUCAAAGGGAGAGGAGAUCAGUGUCAAUCUCAUCAGCUCAGAAUAUGUGGGCCUGGACAUCCAGCAGAAGUUUAAGGUGUACUACUCCAGAGCCAGGAGUUUUGAAACUGAUAAUCGAUACCAUACAUCAUAUGAUCCUACUGGACAGAGACCACAGAACUCUGCACAGAAACCACAGCUUCCAGUUCAGGCUGUGGCUCAGAGGGAAGGUGCCACAUCUUUUGCAGAACCAGAUUCAGGCAACAAAAGACAGUGCAACCACUUCUGCAAGAAUAAAGAUCUCUGUGCACAUGACUGCUGUAAAGUGGGUGUAACUGUGGCACGGAAGAGGUCAACAAAUCAAGAAUCCGGUUUUUCUUCCUAUUUGAACGACCUGAGAAACAGGAGUGACACCCUUGCACAGACUCCUGUCAAACGACUCAAGAUGAGAAUGAACAAGCAGAGUGAGUCUGUCAACAUGCAGGAGUUUUCUUACAAACCCAAAGAGAGACUAUCUACUGUUCCCAGGUAUGGAGCUAAUCUAUAUGAAGGUUCAGUGACACCUCACGCUCAGACUGUGGACCUGACAGGAGAAGACUUCACUCAGCUGCCAGGCACAGUUUGUCUGGACGAGUUUGACAGCGAUCAUCAAUACUACCUGGAGGACAUGAACGGGAUGGAGGAACCUUCCCAAACACCUGCUACAUCUUAUACUCCUCAUCAGAUGUGGAACCCAGGAGUCAGCGUUGGACAGCCUUGUCCGAACGAUAAUCCUCUUCCCAACCAGAACAAUAAUAAACUCAGUUACCCAAAGAGGUCACCUGCCAUGUCAGAUCAGGGUGUUCACUGUGAGAACACAGCAUUCUCACAAAUACCCACUGUGAACUUUGAUCUUGGAAGUGAAUGGGACGACUGGGGUGACUUUGAUGACGAGAACUUGGUGCAUGCGAGCGAGACAUCAAUGGUCUCGAAUGCUGCUACUGCCAGACCUCAAGUCCAGAAGUCUGUUGCCCUCAACACAGCAGGCUUUACUGCUGCAUCAGUUUUCACCCAUCAGUCACAAGCCAGGCAGUGUGUAAACACCUCUGCCCGAACACCACUCAAGUCAAUUUCACCGACUUUCAGUCCUGAAAUCAGAAGACCAGGACCCUCACCAGCAGUCAGAACACAGAGCAGAAUCACACUUGACUGGAAUAAGAAGAGACAGAACAUCUUCACUGAAGAUAUCCAACUAAAAACACAAGAAAAUCUACCCCAACAAAGCAAGACCUGUGUGGCCCCUCUCACCAGGUUUGAUUUCUUCUCAUCAAUGAUUGACUCAAGCGGCACAAGCUCAUCUGUCAACACAAGCACUAACAGCAAAGAAGAGGAAGCGUUCAUUGGAAUAUUUGAUGAUGGAGUUGUCUCCUGUAAACACUGAAGACAUCAGCACAAAUGGAUAUAUUAAAUCUGACAGAGGUUACAGGAGGAGCAAAAUCUCAAGGGAUGUAGAGCUAGACAUCGAGUCUGUCUACAAAGCUGUUCCUCAGCUGGCUAAGGUUUUCCACAUCAUGGACAAAAUCGGCGAAG